CACAGUCGCGCAAUCGCAUUCGUGUUCGCGAGUAUUCGCGUUUUUGGGACGAUAACAAAUUUACGAAUCAAUUCAUCUGACCGCAGAGCAGAAAGGAAUCUCUCGGUCGCAGUGUGAUCUAUAUUAUAAACGUAGAGGCUUCGUGACAUCUCGCCGUACUAAUGCGCGAGCCGAUUAAAACGGAUUGUCGAGCGCAAUAAUGACGAACGAUGCGAACCGACGUGCCGGUGAAUCGAAAUAUGUGAGGUAGACAAGUAUGAAACAGUAAAUAUGCCUCAUGGCUGGAGGCAGGAACAACAUCGAGCAAAAUGGAAAUUUAGAUAAAGCACACCAGUGGCAAUGCCACAAUACUACUCUUGAUUUCUCUAGACCACUUCAGUCUUCUCCGAGUGAUGAAUUCAAGAAACGAAAAAGUGCGGAACAAUGUCGCGCUAUUCUCAAAAAUAUCAGCCUAUUGCAAGACAGUAUUCUGAGAAUAUUUACUGAUUCCUUGUAUUGUGAUCUUAACAUAAUACACGGUUACAAAAUAAUACGUAUAAAUGAGUGUUUUGUUAGAGCAAGAUCGCCACACUUGUAUCAAGUUCUCAAGCCUUAUUUCGUUUACACUAACAAAACGAUCCAUUGCAUUCUUAAUAAAGCUGGACUUUUUCAUCGAAUUGAAGGUUUUGUAAGGCUUCUCUAUAGUAAUCUGGACUUUACUCAAGAAGAGCAGCUGUUGGUGAAAAUAAUUUCAAGUACAAAAUACAAAUGUCAGUUUUUAAAUGAAUUUGUAUCAAAUACCAAUAUAUCUUAUGACGGCAGGAUAUGCGAAAAAUGUUUGACGUUGAACUGUGACGCGCAUCGGCAUCUGCGGGACGUAAAAAAUUAUGCAGUAGCGGAUGCAAGCCCUGCUGCAUCAGAAAUGGCUGAUUCCGGUUUGGAGACGGGUUCGAUAAGUCCGCACGAUAAUACAACGUCAGAAAAUUCGAGCACGGACUUGGAAGUGACACAAGCGGCGGAAUACACUUCUGCUAAUGAUGAUGAUUCGGAUCGGAUACAUGCCGAGCGAAUACGCAACAAGGGUGAUCGUAAUAAGACACUUUCGUUAUACGCUGAACAUUGCGAUUUACUCAACGAUAGCAAUUAUCAUGAAAGUAGCGCAAGCCAAUCUGUGUCGAACGAUCAUAGUGUAACAUACUCGUCCGUGCAGGAAACGGAACAUCAGCUCGCGGACUCAUCCAACAAUGUUUAUCAGGCAAAACUGAAUGCCGAAGAGAUCUUCCAGUACGAAAGUCGGAUGUUAAAUGAGCCAUUCUACGAAUCGGAUUGUGGCAGCGAUGAAAACGAAUCUUUUGAAUUUAUCGAGCCCAUCCCUUCGGCAAGUGAUGACCAUGAAGGAACAUCCACAAAGGGUAAAUUGGAGUGGAAAACGCAACCCAAUGUUGAAGAAUCGAAAAGCACGAGAAUCGAAAUAGCUGAAACGAGCCAAGAACCCGAUCAUUCUCGCUUGACUAACGCGACUGAUCGUAACAAUUCCUCCACAAGCGGAUAUUACUUCAUCGAUGCAUCCACCUUGAAUGAUGAGGUGGACAUAGUGUCUACGAAUGUAACGAGAAAUCAGUAUGGCAAUGAUAGUGCGUCGCUAUCACAUCUGGCGUUUUCUUCAACAAAUUAUACGGUGAACAAAUCGGAUAAUGCCGUGGAAGAACAAUCGUAUAAAUUUACGCCAUUUAAGGCGCUGCCUUUGCUGACUGGCCAUGAGCGAGUUCAGGCAGAAUUUGAACGAGAAUUGAAACUCACCGAGUACUUGCAGCCACUUUGCAGUUCUGCAUUGGUGGAAAAGAUAGAGGCGAGUAAACCGACGGAGAAGGAAUCGUUGGCCGUAGAGAUCAAAGAGGCGGACAGUGGAGAGAGCGCGCAUCCUUCCCCGUGUCCUGACAACAAUACCAAGUUAAACAAUCGAGAUCAUGAAAAAACGGAAACGUCGAGCAGCGUCAACGAAAACAGCAACGAAACAGCAGGGAAGAAAAAUGAGAAGAAAGAUGUGAGUUCAACUGCUGAGAACAGGCGGCCAUCGCUCAUCAGAAGAAACACGUUCGAGCUUGACUCUAACGACGAGAAAUUAUCUGUUUUGAGACAAGAGUAUGAACGCAGGCAAGGUAGUCUCGUUUUUCAAAGCGCCAUACCGCAAUACUCCGGACAUCGUGUAGACGGAGACUCCAUUUGUCACGUACCUUCCGAUUCUGUAGUUGUUCCGAUUACCGAACCGUCGAUUACGUUUACACCCGAUGUGCAAAUCGCCAUUAAUAAUACUCCGCAUUCGGUGUCAUAUUUAUUGGACGGUCGUGAAUACGAGAUUAAUCAAAUGCAAACACAAGCCUGCAACUAUUUACAAUCCAGCCUCAGCAAGUCUUGUGCGGUUUACCCGGUUAUUAAAAGUGCCAGCGACAAAUUUAUCAUGGAUUGCAGCGUAGACUCGGAUGAUGCAUCAAAUCAUUGCAGUAGUAGCUUGCCGGUUACUUUGGACUCUAUCUUAGAGAAAGGUGACCGAAAAGGGCUUGUAAAGAGAAGUAAACGAGAUGAAGCCACUCCGAUUAUCUCUGGUGGUGUUAGCACCUCGGAUUACUCAAAACCUUCGGAUAGUCCCACAGUGCGACGCAAGACAGAAUCCACACCGAUUGUAUCGGGUGGCUCGGUAAUUAUGAACAAGCCUGAAAUCAAAGUCAAGUCCUCCAGAAUGUCUUCUUCCAUGACUGCUUGGGUGGUUGAUAUGAGUGAUUGUAAUAAAGAGGAGCCCAAAUCUCGAAACAACUCGCGGAGCAUGUCGCAAAGCUUUUCCACUUCCGAAAGUGUCAGAAAACCCGCACAAAAGUCGAGCAGUCAUGAAAAACACGGUAGUUUAGGUUUUUUUGUCAAUCUGAAGGAUGUGAAUGAUGAUGUUGAACCCAUUAGACGUGAUCACUCGCUUGAGAGAAAGGAACGUGAUAGUAACGGCAAGCCCUAUUGCGAAUUUUACGUCGAUAUCUCGGAUAGCAAGAGUAAUAGCGAUAAAGUUAAGCCAACCUGCGGGAAGCAAGAUAUAGGCACGAAAAACGAUAUUUCUAACGAAGGAUGUGAGAAGAAGAACAUCUUCUCAAUGUUUAUCGAUCUGAAUGAUACGCGCGAGGCUGGCGGAAAUAUUGUGGCUCCGACGCACAGGCGAAGCUUUUCGACAGUUCCUAAUAAAUUAGCAGAUACUAAGAUGGUAGCUACGGAUGGUAGCUCCUGCAGAGAUAACAGUAGCGGCACAGGUGAUAAUCAAUUGCUGCAGGAACAAAAAAAGGAAAAAACGAAACCUAGCGUUUUUAUGUUCAUAGAAUCCGAUUCUCCUGUGGUGAGAAGACGGACGCUGUCUACUUCGCGACCAACGUUCAAGCGGCACUCGUGGAAUGUUGACAAGACACAACCGACAAAUAAUAGUAACGGUUGCGUGGCAAAAGAACUCAUGUUUAGAAGAGAACACAAACGUGCGCACAGUAUAUCGAUGGACGGUCGCGGCAUUAUAAAACAAUCUCAAGCGAAGACGAGCUCAUCUAGUCACUCGCUUAGCGAUGCGGCUAAAACGGAUUCUUACAAUUAUAAAAAUUUCAAGACACUACAAGAGCGUGAAAAGAAUUCGAAUAAUAUGGACACAUCGUCCGAGGAUGUAUUUGAGUUUGACGUAAAGGACACUCCACCAAACUCUCAUGUUGAAAUUGAAAAUGAACAAUUGGACGUUAUCGUGAAUUAUCACGAAUACAAAGAAAUAAUUUCUGGUCAGAUAGACAAUUUGGAAACCAAUGAAAUAAAAGCGUACGAAGAUGAGUUUUCGGAGACCUCCGCUUGGGAGGAAAAGACGUGUACAGAGAGCACAGAAGGUCACACUCGCAAAAGUGAGACGUUCGAUAUCAGCAGCGGCAGCGGACCUUCUCCAGAUAGCGACAAUCAUUAUUACGAAUUGACUGACUUGCUGAAUUCAGGUGUUAACGAUAGAUCGCAACUAGUUGCUACAGUAGGUAACAGCAGUAAGAUAUCGGAAACUCGCAAAUCACUAAGUGAGACUAUAAAAAAGAUCGAGUGCGAAUUGAAGGAGCCGGAAUACGGCAAUAACGACGCAAGUCAGUCGACAUACGACUGCCGUUUCUCGAAGAAAACAGGGAAGGUGCCUGGUCGUAAUUUAAAAAAUUCGCAUUCAGAUUCUGAUAAAACAAGUACUUCCAGUUUCGUGCGUCUGUCGGAUUUGGAUAAAACACCGACGACUAACCACGCGUCGGAUAUGUUGACGAUGAAGGAUGACAGAAGCACGUAUCGAAUGAGCAACAGUAUUCCAGAAACAUCGUGGAUAGAAAGUAAACUGACGAUAACGAGGCACAGUGGCCCAAUCAAACCGGUCCCUAGGAAGCUUACUUCCGUUAUGAGCACGUCGCUUCCAUCCAAACAGAAAUCCCCGUUAGAGGAUUUGACUGGAGAUUGCGAAGCUGAAGGGAUUAUUUCCGAAUCUGAUCUCAGCAGCAUGCAAAGCAGUAUGGGACGUUCUGGAGCGGAAGGUAGCACGGAGGAAACUGAAACGUCAAGCAUAGCUGGUGCAAAACCAUACAAUAGACUGGGUGAGGACCUAUUAAGGAUGUUCUUGGAAGAAAUUAAUCCUGAUGUUACAAUAGAUGUAGCUGGCCGGCAUAUAAGAGCACAUAAAUGUAUAUUAAGUUCUCGUUGCCAAUAUUUCGCCGCAAUUUUGAGCGGAGGAUGGAUUGAAAGUGCAGGCAACAUUAUUUCUCUACAAGGGUAUUCUUAUAAUGCAGUUCAUUUUGCAUUAUGUCACAUCUACAGUGGAGAAAGUAAUAUACCGGAUUCUAUAAGUAUCGUUGAAUUAGCGACGUUAGCAGAUAUGUUGUGUUUGGAAGGUCUUAAAGAAGUUAUUGGAUACACGCUUAAGCUUAAAUAUUGCCAUCUGUUUCAUAAGCCUUGCCAAAUAUGUGCCGUUGGAGUGUUAGAAUGUAUGCCGUUGGCGGCAGCAUAUGGUCUGGACGAAGUGUAUCGAAAAUCACUUAGGUGGAUUACGAAGCACUUUGUAAGAAUAUGGCCGUGUAAAGCAUUUGCAACUCUUCCAAGAGAACUCAUGGAAAAAUGUUAUCAUCAGCAUAUAGUACACAUGUCUACCGACAAUGUGCUUCAAACUAUGAUGGAUUGCGAUAAACUGCUGGCAACUUUACCGAAUGUGCGAUGGGCAGAGCCAGUAUUUCGGAUGGUAUCGAAUCUGUUGGAGACGUCAGUAAAAUUCCUGUCAGAAAAUUUCGCAGGUGUCUUGGGAAACGACAAUUUCCAAUCGCUUGGCCGCGAGUUAACAUGGAACAUCAGUCGUUUAGAAGAUCAUUUCCUAAUAGCUGUCGAACAAUUGCCACCCGAACAAGCGUGCAAAAGUUAUUCGAAAUUGAAUAAGAUGUUACUCGCGUCACAGACAGAUGAUUUUCAAGGUAAGGUAAAGUGGGGACCGCUCUUCAUCGAUUUCCUGCACAAGCUUCAAGGCCGCGUGGAGAAAUGCUUGGUGCGUGAUGCCGCACGUGCCGCGAGAACUACCACGUGGUUGAAAAUGGAUUUGGAACUUCGCCGAAGAAUACAGGAGCUAGCUUGUCUCGUGAUCCUGCCUCACGAGACCUCGAAGCGUCUAUCCAGACAUUCCAACUUUUUAAAGGAAUCUCAUGCACCGCCAAAUCGUUCGACGAUAAGCCGCAGCUUAGAUUUAAAACGCGUAAAAAUGGCGAUUUCGGAGCACAGUGACAAAACUUUAAAGCAGACACCAUCAUCCAAGCAAACUAAGAAAGUUUUAUGUAAGCCAAAAACAGAUCCGCUUGAACGUAAAAUGCAGGAUAAACUGAUUAUCUCUGAAACUAUUAGGCCAAAAUCGUGGCCCAAUAAGAUAGAGGUAAAAUCAAGAUAUUUGGAACCAAGAAACAAACCUGUUCCAAAAGAAAAUGUGUCCACGCAUCAUGACAAAAUUGUGCAACAGCGACGUAAAAUUAUGAUUUCCUCGUCUGAUUCGUCACGUACUUCCAGCCCGGCGAUGAAACGUGCGACAGAUAAAAAACCAUUGUCCAAGCUAAAGUUACCCGUUAAAAAAGAUGUAAAAGCUCUAUCGUCAGACAGCUUAACGGAAGCAAACGCGGGUCGAACGGGCAGUAAGAAGGAUUUGAUCAGUAAAAGUUGCGCUAUUACUAGACCCGAAUCACCUUCUUUUAAACAGAAGAGCACCGAAAUAGGCUUAUCGAUCGAUUCUUUGGAGACCAAGAGAGAGAGUAAGUCGGCGGUUACCGUCAAAAAGAAAGUGAUUAACAAGAUGGAUACAUCUAUGUCCACUGACAGUCUUAUGACGGAGAUAACGACGACUCCAAAAUCUAAUGUGUCCAAUAAAUUGUCGCCUACUUUAGUAAAAGUGAACAAAACGCAAACUUAUGAUAGGAUGAAAAAAAGCUCGCCACCAAUACAGCAGAGGAGUCCAUUGACGAUUACUAAGAGACCUCCGAGGUCAUUGGAAAGUUCUACCGCCGCCAGUCGUAGUAGAGCCGCUGCUAUCAGUAACACGUAUCACGGUUCUCCGAGUUUACGCAGAAGUUUAUUAGAUGCUGCAAGGACGCCGGACGUCCCCAGUAAACCGGUGAAUGCAGUAGCUCCUUUCAGGACGCGGCAGGCAGUUACGCAGACAAACGUUCCUUCUAACACGAGGAGAGAAAGAAAGGAAGUUCAAAAUUUACAGAGCUCUGAUAGUCCUAGCAAGAAAUCCCCCAAGUCUAGCAUUGGCAGUAAGAUGAGCAAGUCAGUGAUUACCGGUAAGAGAAUUGUCAGUGGUAAAGCUGACGAUAAAAUUAAAAAGUGUCGUAAUGUGGAGGCACAAAGACACCCUACAGUAGGUUCGAGAUCUGGCACAUUCCUCAAAGAUGAACCUACGAUACUUAAGAAAGUGGACAUUAAAUCAUCACAAAUCAAUACUUAAUACUAUUGAUGGAUAAUUCUAUCGAUAGAAUUUGCAUUGUCGAUAUUUGUUUCUACCUGCUAAUGAUAUUCUAUUUUUAGCGGAAUCAGCAAAAGUAAAGAUUCUUUUAUCGUGACAUCAUUUAAUUAUAAUAAUAAAGAU